GAACCAGGAGUGAGAUAACUUUGAAUACAUAGGCUGCAAACCUUCCGUUGAAACUUUCAGUACAAUCCAACCGUUGAAGCCUGAUGUUCAUGCAGCGUUAUUUUAGGGUUUAAAAUUUUCAUACUCACUCUCUAUACUUGUUUUUGAUGCCGUUGAAUAUCUUGAUGUCAUUUACCCAGCUCAUGAAUGCAAUAAAUCGUACUAGAAAUUGAUAGAAUAGGUGUCGAACAGUUGAUAACAUUGUAUAAAUUGACCUUAAAACUCGUACUAUUCUACAAAAAUUAUGGCUUACUAUGAAAUGGAUGUCCACACUGCUUGCGCUAUGAAUCAAUCAGACGUUGUUAUGAGAUUACUAAACAGAGAUGGAUUAAUUAUGGGCUCAAAAGAAAAUUCUAAAGGGUAUACGCCGCUGAUGUAUGCAUGCUGUUAUGGACACGAAGAUAUUGUGAAGCUUCUAAUUGAUAUGAAAGUUCCCAUCCAGUAUCAAAGCAAAAAAUGUCAUGGUAGAACUGCUUUAAUGGUGGCUGCUAACCUGGAAAACUUGACUAUAUUGAAUAUGGUUUGUAAGGAUUUUGUGGUAAACAUUCAAGAUAUGAAUGGUUGGACCGCUCUCCAUCAUGCAGUCUCAGCAGGACAAUUACACGCUGCAAAAUUUUUGAUUUCGAAGGGUAUUGAUAUUGAUGCGAGAACUUGCAAUGGCAUGACAGCUCUGAUGAUGAGUGCUGAAGAUGGAAUGACAGUGAUUGCUGAUUUACUUCUGACGAAUGGAGCAGAUCCUCACAUUGUUAAUAAUAAUAAUGAAACGGCAUACACCAUAGCAUACAACCGUAAUCAAGCUGGGAUUCUCCAGUUACUUCAGAGUGAUCCAUCUCAAGAUCUUUUGGCACUUCUGACGGUGUUGCAACUUGAUAAAUAUUGGCCGGUAUUUAAAAAGCACAAUAUUGAUUUUCAUCAAUUUAUGACAUUGACUGAAGAUCACCUCAAAAACAUUGGGAUCAUACCUUUAGGACACCGGAGAAAAUUGGCACUAGCAAUCUUCGAACUGAAUCACAACAUGGAGGCGCUUUGCAACAAGUUUGCUCUUCCCUGUCAAUAAUUUUUUAGCUUUUUUUCAAGCAGGCAUAUUUAAAGAAAGAAUUAAUUAUAAAAUAAUUUUUAAAAAUGUCUGUAAAAAUUAUAAUUCUACAUGUUUUUAAUAAUGCUUCGAUGUUUGGAAAGGCUGUACUACUUUCUGUGAUGAUUUAUUUUGGGGUUUGAUAUUUUUAAGCAUCUCGAAAUAUUCAUGGUGCAUAAUUGUUAAAAUGAAAUAACUUAUUUUGAUAUUGAUAUAUUUUAGAGCUUAGAUAUUUAUUAAUGAUUGGUGUCUCUGUACAUAUUGCUAAUUUUACACGAGCAUAAUCGAUAGAUAACUGGCUGCUUGAUUUUACGUAGCAAUAGGUAAUUUUAAAUCCUGAAUAUCUCAAGGAAAAGUGGUUAAAAAGUGUUCGAUUGAAACCCAUACUUUGACUGAUAUUUUUGAUUCCGUAUUAUGAUAAUACUAGACUGUAAGAUUGAUAGAAUUUUGAAUGAUAUAUUUAUUGAAGGACACUAUUUGAGAUGUAAGAAAGAUGCUUGCAACUUUGGUUUCUGACAUAUUUUACGCAUGAUUUUUUGAGAUUAAAAACUUUAGAAGUUGAUAAUUUGAAGCUUCUUGGUCUUUAAAGAACAUCAAGGCUAAAACUCAAGACCUCUCAAGAUGAGACUAGGAAACAAAUUUAACGGCGCUUCUGAGAGUUUACUAUCAGCAGCCAAGAUUUGAGAGGGUCUGUUAUCGCAAUAGACGAUUUUUAAACUUAUUUUAUCCGGUCGAACUUUCCUUCUGAGUGUUCUUAAUUGUAAUUUCAAAAAAAGGUAUUUAUCUGUGUAUUAAAGUAAGGUGUUCAUUAGGUUUAAAAAUGAUACAGUAUUUCUAAUGAAAUUUUAGCUUCUGUUAUACAUUGUACUGAAUUAGCAUAAAAAAAUUGCCAAAAAAUAAAAAUCUAGAGAAAAAGAUAAUAAUGCUACGAAAAAAAGAAAAAAAAAUUUGAGAUAAUUUCCUGUUAAAUAAGUAAAAGAUGUUAGGUGUAAGUUUUAAGAAAAAUGUAGAAAAAGAUUUGCUAAUUAGAAUUUAGUUUUAGGUUAAGUAAUAUUUGUGUGUGUUUUAUUAGAUUUUAUCCCUGAAGUUUUUUAAUUAAAACACUAGAAGAAAAGCUUCAGCUACGUAAUAAGCAACUUCAAAAUGAAGUAAAUUGAAAGAAAAAAUGUAAUUGCUGGGACAGCAAAAAAAAAAAGAGUGUGUAUGCCUGAAUAUUAUUAUUUAAGCUCCAAAAUUGUCUCAAAAAUUAAAGAUUUAGGUAUCCUGAGAACAGCUAAAUAAACUCAUUUAGAAAUUUGA